CUCUCUCAAAGCUGGCAGCACACAACCAAACUGCUCUUACUGCUGCUGCAAUAGACAAAACAUCAACAUCAUGGAGACUCUGGUUUCUGAUGACCAUAACCGCCGAAGGAUCGGGGAACUAGAGAAGUCCUUCCAUCCAUCACGGCUGCAGCUUUUCACACCAGGUCGAUUUCUGAAAGGAGAGGGCCCCCUGAUGAAGCAGGGCCGCAAGAAGUGGGAGCAGAAAAUGUUCUUCCUCUUCAACGAUAUCCUGGUGUACAGCAGCAUCAUCAUGAACAACCGCUGGCACAAGAACCCCAAGAUCAUCCCGUUAAAGGACAUCAAGCUGGACGACAUGGAGGACUCUGACGACAUGAAGCACCAGUGGCUGAUCUGCACACCUCGCAAGUCCUUCCACGUGUCGGCCUCCUCCGACGAGGAGAAGAAAGCCUGGAUGGAGCAUUUCAAUGCCCUGCUGCAGGACCAACCAGACCGCCUUUACGCCAUUAACUGGAUCCCCGAUUGUGCUGCUCAGAAGUGCAUGCGCUGCCUCACCACGUUCACCACGACCAACCGGCGACAUCACUGCAGAAAGUGCGGCUUCGUGGUGUGCAACACGUGCUCCAAGGGUCGGGCCCUCAUCGAACACAUCGACCCCAACAAACCGCUAAGGAUCUGCAAAGUCUGCAACAAAACGGAGGAUGACCAGACCACACACUUGCCGAGAGGCAGCACUGAUUCAGACAAAAUAUCCAGUGGUGAUGAGUGAACAUUGUCCAGUCCUCCAGCUUUAAUCCCACUGUAGGUUGAAAUUGACUUGGUGUGACAGAAACCUGAAGUCUAGUUGCGUGUCCCCCCUUCUUUAGAGAAAAUGUGAGAAAUAACAGAGAGCAUCUAAAAUCUGUGUUAGGAGAAGCAUGUGUGGAUUGGAAGAGUGGAACAUGGAGGGAGAGAUCAACAUCAAUAAGACAAGACUGGAGAUCAGCAACACAACCGCUACACAACGCUGGACUCGAUAAAAAUAAAGAAGCUCCUGUAACACAUGAAGUAUU